GAGAGAGAACCCCCCCUCUCUCCCUCUCUCUCCAGCAGACUGAUCAGCAGCGCAGGGAUUAAGCAGCUCCGCUCACUCACUCCACUACAAACAGACGCGGGCUUGCAACAAGCGUGAAUCAUGCCCGUCGUCACCGCAGCCGGCUGGGAGUGGAGCCGAAAUUGUGCAAGAUACGGAUAAUAACCCCGCGGAGGAGAGGAGAGGAGAGGUCCGCCUGCACGUUUGUCCCGUGAACAUGCCUGAUCUGCGGCUCCGCCGCUCGGACCCGCCGCCCCGCGUCCCCUCCCUCAUGCGCCCGCACUGAGCUGGAUACAGACCUACGAGGAGCCGAGGGCGCAAAGCCAACCAAAAAGGGCGUGUGGGAUACAUUUCUUUCCAUUUUUUUUUAUUUUGUUUUUUUUUUCUCCGAUUUGGCUCAAGUUAAAAACGAAGUGGGAUUUAAAAAAAAAAACAGCAACAAAACAGCAAAGUUUGUGCAGCCUGCUGGUGUGAGCAGGAGCCAAACAUGGGGAACGCAGGGAGCAUGGACCAGCACCCCGACUUCAGGGGCCACAACAUGCCCCUGAAGCUGCCCAUGCCGGAGCCGGGGGAGCUGGAGGAGAGAUUUGCCAUCGUUUUGAACUCGAUGAAUCUUCCCCCAGACAAGGCCAGGCUGUUGCGGCAGUAUGACAACGAGAAGAAGUGGGAACUAAUCUGUGAUCAGGAGCGAUUCCAAGUGAAAAACCCGCCGCACACAUACCUCCAGAAGCUGAGGAGUUAUCUGGACCCAGCAGUCACCAGAAAGAAAUUCAGACGAAGGGUACAGGAGUCCACCCAAGUCCUGAGAGAACUGGAAAUUUCCUUACGGACCAAUCAUAUAGGGUGGGUGAGAGAGUUCCUGAAUGAAGAAAACAAAGGGCUGGAUGUGCUGGUGGAGUACCUUUCCUUUGCACAGUACGCCGUCACGUAUGAUGGAGACGCUGUGGAGAACGGCAUGGAGGCCCCGAUGGACAAGUCUAAGCCCUGGAGCCGCUCCAUCGAGGACCUGCACGGAGGAAGCACGCUGCCGUCUCCCAUCACCGGGAACGGCAUCUCCCGAGUCGGGCGACAUUCGACGUUACGUCAUCUGCUCUUUUGUUUACCACUCAUCAACAGCAGGACCUGUCCAAAGUGCUCGCAAAUGAGACGCUGCAACACGCUGCCGAGCCGGAGGACGCUGAAAAACUCCAGACUGGUGUGCAAGAAAGACGACGUCCACGUCUGCAUCAUGUGUCUGCGUGCUAUCAUGAACUACCAGUACGGCUUCAACAUGGUGAUGUCACACCCGCACGCUGUGAAUGAAAUUGCACUAAGUCUCAACAAUAAAAACCCCAGAACCAAAGCUCUGGUUUUGGAGCUCCUGGCGGCAGUUUGUCUCGUGAGAGGAGGCCAUGAAAUUAUUCUUUCUGCGUUCGACAACUUUAAAGAGGUUUGUGUGGAGGAGCAGCGCUUUGAGAAGCUAAUGGAGUACUUCAAGAAUGAGGACAACAACAUUGACUUCAUGGUGGCCUGCAUGCAGUUCAUCAACAUCGUGGUGCACUCCGUGGAGGACAUGAACUUCAGGGUGCACCUGCAGUACGACUUCACCAAGCUGUGUUUGGACGACUACUUAGACAAACUAAAGCACACAGAAAGCGACAAGCUGCAGGUCCAGAUCCAGGCCUACCUGGACAACGUGUUUGACGUGGGAGCCCUGCUGGAGGAUGCAGAGACCAAAAACGCCGCCCUGGAGCGCGUGGAGGAGCUGGAGGAGAACAUGUCACAUAUGACGGAGAAGCUGCAGGACAUGGAGAAUGAAGCCAUGUCCAAGAUUGUGGAGCUGGAGAAGCAGCUGAUGCACCGGAACAAGGAGCUUGAAUCCAUCAGGGAAGUCUACAAAGACACCAGCUCGCAGGUUCACUCGCUGCGGCAGAUGCUGAAGGAGAAGGACGAGGCCAUCCAGCGCCAGAGCAACCUGGAGAAGAAAAUCCACGAGCUGGAGAAGCAGGGCACCAUCAAGAUCCACAAGAAGGGCGACGGCGACAUCGCCAUCCUGCCGUCGGUGCCCGCCGGGUCGGAGACGGGGGGGAAAGGGGUGACCGUCGGUCUGAACCACGUGGGAGUUGCAGGAGGCGCUCCGGCUCCGCCUCCACCGCCUCCACCACCUCCACUACCGAUGAACGGCACAUUACCAAAUGGGCCGUCGUCCGUUCCAGCGGCCGCUCCCCCUCCACCUCCGCCUCCCCCUCCACCCCCACCGCCUGGACUGGGCUCAGAGAUCUCAGCUCAUCUGCCGCCGCCUCCUCCUCCGCUGGCGCCCCCGCUGCCGGGAUGCGGGACGCCCACUGUGAUCAUGAACUCCGGGUUGGCAGAGGGACCCAUCAAACUUUUCUCUGUAAAGAUCAAGAAACCCAUCAAGACAAAGUUCCGUAUGCCCGUCUUCAACUGGGUGGCCCUGAAACCGAACCAGAUCAACGGCACCGUCUUCAACGAGAUCGAUGACGAGAGGAUUCUUGAGGACUUAAACGUUGACGAGUUUGAGGAGAUGUUCAAGACUAAAGCUCAGGGUCCGUCGCUCGACCUCACCAUGAGCAAGCAGAAGGUCAUCCAGAAGGGGCCCAACAAGGUGUCCCUGCUGGACUCCAACCGUGCAAAGAACCUGGCCAUCACGCUGAGGAAGGUUGGGAAAACACCCGAGGAGAUCUCCAAGGCCAUUCAGCUGUUCGACCUGCGGACUCUGCCCGUGGACUUCGUGGAGUGCCUGAUGCGUUUCCAGCCCACCGAGAUCGAGAUCAAAGUCCUGCGGCAGUUCGAGAAGGAGCGCAAGCCCCUGGAGAGCUUGACGGACGAGGACCGCUUCAUGAUGCAGUUCAGCAAGAUUGAGCGGCUCAUGCAGAAGAUGACCAUCAUGGCCUUCAUCGGCAACUUCAGCGAAAGCGUGCAAAUGCUCACGCCGCAACUUCACGCCGUCAUUGCAGCAUCCGUGUCCAUCAAAUCUUCACAGAAGCUGAAAAAGAUCUUAGAGAUCAUCCUGGCACUUGGAAACUACAUGAACAGUAGCAAACGAGGUGCUGUCUACGGAUUCAAGCUGCAAAGUUUAGACCUGCUACUCGAUACCAAAUCGACGGACCGCAAGUUAACACUGUUGCACUACAUCGCCAACGUGGUGAGGGAGAAAUACCCACAAGUCUCCCUCUUCUACAACGAGCUCCACUACGUGGAAAAAGCCGCAGCAGUGUCGCUGGAGAACGUCCUGCUGGAUGUGAAGGAGCUGCAGCGAGGCCUGGAGCUGACCAAGCGAGAGUACAGCAUGCACGGCCACAACACCAUGCUCAAAGACUUCAUCACGCACAACGAGAGCAAGCUGAAAAAGCUGCAGGACGAUGCCAAGAUUGCACAGGAUGCCUUCGACGAGGCGGUGAAGUUCUACGGCGAGAACUGCAAGACGACACCGCCGUCUGUUUUCUUCCCCGUGUUCGUGCGGUUUGUUAGGGCGUACAGGCAAGCGGAGGAGGACAACGAGCAGAAGAAGAGACACGAGCAGAUGCUGAUGGAGAAGCUGCUAGAACAAGAAGCCAUGAUGCAGGAAGACCAGAAGUCUCCUCAUAAGAGCAAGCGGCAGCAGCAGGAGCUGAUCCAGGAGUUGAGGAAGAAACAGGUGAAAGACAGCCGACACGUCUAUGAGGGCAAAGAUGGAGCAAUCGAGGACAUCAUCACGGCCCUAAAGAAGAAUAACAUUACUAAAUUUCCAAAUGUCUACUUGAGGAUUUGAGGAAUCAGCCCUACAGGCGAGCCGACGCCGUGCGAAGGAGUGUCCGGAGACGUUACGACGAUCAGAACCUGCGGCCGGUGAAUAACGGCGAAGUAGUCAUGUGACGAGGGGAGGAGUGCAUGUUGCAGGGUGGGGGGGGGGGGUACGUGAGGAGGAAGGUCAGAGGUCAAAGGACAGAAUGACAGCAAGUCUGGUGAAGAGCGGAGGACGACGAUCAUUCGUAGCAGCCCUCGUGAUUAAAUAAAGAUGACACAAUACUCCACGUCUGUGCUGUAAAAGCAGGAUUUUGCAAUGAAGGACUGGGACAUGUGUGGAACUGAAUUUUCAUGUGUCUAAAAGGUUGAACCACCUUAGACGAGCCAAGUGCCUGAACUUAAGUGAAAUUCUUUGUUGUUUUUUUUGUGAAUCUGUUGUCUUUAGUUUAUCUGAUGACUGUUUUCUUAAUAACUACAUUUAAAGCAAUACACCUUGACCUGGCUUUAAUGACGAGAUUUGUAAAACUGGACACGCGGUGGCCUUAAAAGCCGUGUGAGAAGACGUCACCCUGGAAAGUAGAAUGUACGGGACGCCUUCCCUUUAGCUGUUACAAAUAUUUCACGUCUUAGAGGCGAGUUUGACGCUCGGUACUUUCCGGUGCUCUUGUCUAUUACUUUUUAUAAUCGUAUGCACAACAUCCUCUUUUUUUUUUUAAUUUGCAUCUCAUGAUGUUUCUCAACUAAUUAAAAGGGCUGAUGAUCUGACGAGAAGAAAAAAAAAGAUCAAGACAACAAAUGGAAAACUAUAUUUGUACUUUGAAAAGAAAAAAAAAAGCCUCUGGCAGAAAAGAUGGAAAUGAUGGAUUUGUAGUUUUGAAUCCCCUCCAAAAAAAGAAUAAUUAAGGCUGUCUGCUUAUUCCAUUUAAAAUCGUGUAUUUAUUGCAGCUGCACAGCUGUUUGUGGUUUUUGGGAACAAACAAUGUAGAGAACAAGACUUCUUUUUUUUUUUGUGUUUGUUUUACAUAAAUGACGCACUAAAACUGCAUGAGAGAUGCAACAACACAAACUGGAAGCUGACUGAGCGUUGUGUGUAACCUGUGGUCUCCAGGUUGGUAAUAAUCCCGGCGACCGCCUCUACUCACUUUACUGUAAUUAUAAUGUAUAGUAUUUAACCACUGAAAAGUACAUUCGCUCAUGUUUUCUUGUAAUGUUUGUCGGAAGUCAUUAAAUUUGUCAAAAGUACAUGACACAAAGGGUUUCUUUGUACAGAUAUUUUGCUACAAACUUUUUUUUUUUUUUUUACUUAAAUCACAUUACCACGAUUAAUAUUGUACAUAUUGUUUAAACACGCUCUCAUUGCCUUGUGCUAUACAGCUGAAUGUUAUUUUAACUUAUAGUUCUUUUUCUUCAUUUGUGUAUAUUUAAUUAAGCCAAAUGCAGCCAGAGAACCACAGUAGUGUUUUAACUGUCGGGUGCAGGGGUCAAGGGGUCACCGCGCGUUUGUGGGCGUCGCAAGCGCCUCACAUUUCUAACCCGAGGACUACACUAACCUUUGAAAUUAUGAGGUGAUGCUCAGAUGCAAUUCCUCUCCCCCACCUGCCUUCGCUGAAGCGCGUCGUGCUUCAUCGGCUUCUCUCACCUUCAGUUUGUAAUUAACAUGUCUCAACUGGAUGAAACUGGCAUGUUUUUUUUUUUUUGUUUUCCUCAUCAAAAGUGUAUUCUUGACAGUCUGUUCUCACUUCAAAAUAACAAGCUUUUUAUAACUAGGUGACAUGAGAUUUUCAACAAAUAUAAUAAAACUAUUUACACUGAA